ACGAAGCUGAGAAACUGCGGAACGCUCGAGGAAGGGGAGAGAUCGGCCAAUAGGAUUCGUCUUCUCAUCUCUUCCGGUCGUCGCUAACAUCUACCUUGUAGCUUCUUCUGUUUCGGAUCGGGGAGAGAGAGAGAGACGGUUGCAGAGAGAUGAAGGGCGCGAUGUUGAGUAGUACAUCAUCGCCGUGUUAUUAUUCGUACUGCAGGGCCCAGCAAACCCUAGAACAUCCUUCUCCUCCGUCAUCUUCUCGUUCUCGCUCCUUUUCCGCGUCAUCGAUCAAGAAUUCCAGCUUAUUUGGCACUCGAGUAUCGGUGAGUAAUAUGGUGAGGCGGAGCUUUGCACGUGACGGCAGGACGGGUGGAUACAGGCCAGUUGUAAAGGCUGUUGCCACAUCAGAUUCAGUUUUGGGGUUGCCCUUAACUGAGGAAAAUGUGGAGAGUGCGUUGGAUGAAAUUCGGCCAUAUCUUAUUGCCGAUGGAGGUAAUGUUGCAUUACAUGAAAUAGAUGGGAAUGUUGUGAGGUUGAAGCUACAAGGAGCAUGUGGCUCCUGUCCAAGUUCUACAAUGACUAUGAAGAUGGGAAUUGAGCGUCGUUUGUUGGAGAAGAUACCUGAAAUAUUUGCAGUGGAAACAAUACAAGAUGAAGAAACCGGCCUUGAGCUGAAUGAAGAAAACAUAGAAAAGGUCCUUGAAGAAAUAAGGCCUUACCUAGUUGGGGCAUCAGGUGGAACACUUGAACUCGUAGCAAUUGAAGAACCAAUUGUGAAAGUUCGAAUCACUGGUCCAGCAGGAGGGGUCAUGACCGUUCGAGUGGCAGUCACACAGAAACUACGGGAGAAAAUACCAGCAAUUGCAGCAGUUCAGCUUCUAUAAGACCCGACUUUCAUGUUGGAAGAAGCAUCGAGUAGUAAUCUGGCUUGACCAGAGGGUGCUUUAAAACUUUGUUAAAGAAGGGACUGGAGGAGUGGCCAUAAAAACGAGUAAAACACAAUUGAUAGCUGGUGCUUAUGUAUAGUUCCGAACUUAUUUGGGUGCAAUGCUUUCAGAGGAGCUAUUCUUUGCGGUUGUACAGAAUAAACUUGAUAUAGAUUAAACAGUGUUAUUUGACUGGACAACCCACGAGCAGGAUAAUUGCUUGAAGCAAAA